UUUUAGCGCCAUCUAUUACUAAACAUAAAUAAUAUCAAAGGUAUUGAAAUAAAUAAUAUCAAAGGUAUAUUAAAUGAAAUAAUUAGUUGAAAAAUAUUUUUUUAUAAAAUUUAUCUAAUAUUUUAAAUAUAAUAUUUUAUAAAAAGAUUAAAAAUUAAUUAAUAGAAAAAUGAGAUUGAAUAUAAUAUAUUUUAAAAGUAGACAUCAUGCAAAAGCAGCUCAAAAUGAAAAAAAAGUACCAUUUAAAGAAAUUAUACCUUUACAUUUAAAAAAUUCAGUUAAAGGAGGUACAAAAAAUAUCACAGAAAAUAAAUGUUUAUUUGAAAUGUCACUUUUAUUUGGAUGUUGGAAAGAAAAUGCAUUUGAUAGUAAUGUAUGUGAGAAGUUUGUUAAAAAUUUAAAUAAUUGUUAUAAAAACUAUUUAGAAAAUGCAGUUAUACAAAAGAAACUACGAGCAGUUGAUGUUCCUACUCCUAAUAGUAAAACACUUACAAAUAAGCAAAUAACGUAUCUUUUACAUAUGUAUCCAAAUAUUUAAUGAUUUUGAAUAAAAUAUUAGAAUAUUAUAUAAAAAAUA